AUGUCUGGUCCACCUCCCUUUCCUGGUAGUGCAUACGGCUCUCAACAACCGCCGUAUUCUGAUGGAAUGCCUCCUCAUAGUUACCCUCCAGGAGGAUACCUUCCAGGAUAUUCUCCUGGGGGAUACCCUCCUGGGCCUGCUCCCCAACAAUCAUUUGGACUCAACCCUCCUCCUAAUAAUCCUUACCAAAAUUUUAAUUAUUCUGCACCACAACCUGGAUAUGGACCUCCAGGGAUGAAUUUACCUUCUACUCAACCAAAUUGGAUGAAUCGUCCUCUUGUACCGAAUUGCCCACCUGGGCUAGAAUAUUUAACAUUGGUGGAUCAGCUUCUCAUCAAACAGAAAGUCGAAGUUCUCGAAGGUUGA